CGCUGCAUUGUCUCGAUGAGUUUUUAAAGUUAAAAUUUUUGUUAUCACUGUAUUUUAACUACAUAUUGUAAAAAUUGAUUUUAAUAGUAUGUAUGAAUUUACAUACAUACUUCUGUAAGUAGAUUUAAUUUUUAGAAUUCUGUAAAAUCGGAAAAAAAAAGGCAGGUGUUUGAUUUGGGAAGUAAUCAUUAUGUGUAUUAACGGUUCAAAGUUAUUGGGUUUCUUAUCUUAUAAUUUUUUGAAUUGUAUAAAUAAUUACCGAGUUAAAAUGUUGUAUUUCAAUGUAUUUUUAUUGUAUUUUAUGUUUGCAAAAACUGAUUCCGCUGAAGUCGAUUUGAAUUUUCAAGACAAAUUGACUCAAGGAGAAAGUCUUUACAAAGAACUAGUAAAAAAAUCUUAUGGUAGUUGUUGGAAAGAAGCUUUGUCUCAUCUGCAUUUCAGCUGUAAACAUUUGACAGAAGAAAUUCAAAGCAGAUUGGCUCUUUCAUUUACAAAUUGUUUUCUGAAACAUUCUGGCUCAGAAAUAUGUCCAUGCCCUGAUGAUUCUCCUAUAUCUACUUGCUUAGGAAAUAGUUCUGAUCGAGUAUUUUCAACUUAUACAGAAUUUUUUACUCAUACCCAAAGUAUUUGUCAUUAUCUGCAGCACAGAGAAUGGCAAGAACAAACUCACAAGACUGUUGCUAUGUUAACAGAAAAUUCUGAAAUAGUUAGUAAAAAACUGGAUGAAUCACGUAAAACACAAUCUAAGAUUCUUGAUAUGCAACAAGUUUCUUUGUCAGAGCAAAGAAGGCUGAUAAGUAAUGGUAGAUCUUUAAACAAGGAACUGGCAAAGUCCCGAAGUCAAGCAAGAUAUGCUUUUGAUGAAUUCAAGGCUUCAACCAAUGAACAGAAACAUCUCAUAUUUGAGAUAUUUGAUCGUGUGAAAGGGCUCCAACAUUUUGUUCUAGGAGAAUUUACCAGUAUUUACACAUUUGCAUAUUAUUUUGCUGGUGUCUUUGUCAUAUAUCUAAUCACUUCUGUACCUCAAACAGCAAGUGCUAGAAUCUGGCUUCUGCUCCUUAAGUCAGGAAAUGUUGUCCUUGAAAGAAUUUUAGUAUCCUACAAUCUUGAUGAAGAAAUGACAAAGUUAUUCCCACUGGAAAUCAAUGGUCCAAUUUAUUCCAACAUCUGGAUGUGUAGAAAAUGUGUGUGUAUUGUAUGUUUCAUAGUUUUACUUUAUUUUUACCAUUCUUAUAAAGAUUACAAUUCCAUCAACAAUCAGUUGCUUCGAGAAAUUCAAAGACAGAAUUCUGAACUUCAAGAAGCUUUAAAAAGUUUACAGUCACAACAUUUGACAACACCUUCAAUUCAAGCCACUAAAGAGAGUUUGGAAUAUUUGUUUUCAACUAAAACUGUAAACCAUGAAUCAUCAUCUUUAAACCAGUCUAUUUCAGUUUCAAGAAAAUUAAAGGAAAAAAUAAAAGAAAUUAAUAAUUCUUUUGAGGUUUCUAGUCAGUCAAAUGAAACCAAAGCUUUUACAAAAUCUGAUGAAAGAAUUAAAACAACAGUUGAAAAGACUCCUGAAAAAAGAAAAAAGCAAAGUGUGAGAAAGAUAAAUACUUCAUCAAAAGAAGCUUCACCAUUAUCUGCCAAAGAGAAUUUUGAUGAGUAUACUUCUCCUCAAAAGAGAUAUAAUCUUCGUAGCAGAGGGAAUACUCCUGCACAGUCCCCCAAUGUCUCCAUAAUGUCACCUGUAAAACCAAAAGAUUUGGUGGAUGCUGUUUCAAAGAAAUUAGAAAAUAAACUGCCAAUUUCAAAUCGAAUUUAAAGUAUAGUAGAUGCCUUAUAAUGUGAACAUAGUUAAUGUUAGUAUUUGUUAUAUAUUAUUAAAAUCCACUGAUACCAAACCAAUGUACUCAAAGACACAGAAAAAUAUUAUGGGAACAUUUGGGAAUCAUUUUUCCCUUGGGAUUGGGUUUGCAUUCUUUAUUUGCACUAGAGUUGUCUGGACUAAAUAGAUACUUGCACUGUCAAGUAUGGCUUGAAAUCUGAUGAACAGCUAUAUAACACUGUUGCUUGCAAUUGAAUUAUAAAAGUGAAAUGGCUAAAGAAAUAACUGGUUUGAGUGUUAAAGAUGUACUUGAAAUCUUAACUGAUCUGGAAGUUAACCUAAAAAACUGUGUAGUUGUAAAUUUCACAGCCUCUUUGUAAAAUUUUGAAAAAUCAUGAUGUUCUUAUGAGUAAGAUCAAGCAGUAAGUGUUGUUGAUUCUAAUAAGGACAAAUUUGUUGAAGAAAAUUCUUAAUAAAUGCCAAAAUGAGUUAAACAUUUGACCAUUUGAAACUCAGCAUGCAGCUUUAUUCACCUAAUUUUUAAAAUAAUAGUACAAGCAUUAUAUAAUGCAAAUUGUUAAGGAAUGUUUGUCAAGAAGCAACAAUUAAGGAAUAUUUUUAUUAUUAUUUAUGAAAUAAAUUAUAGAUAG